GCCAUUACCAUUAGUUUCACCAAAUGCCAGUCAUUGAUAACCAGGAUUAGAGAGAGUUGGGGAAAACUGGUUUCCGUAAAUCCAGAGUGCUGACCACACCAUGUAAAACAACUUGGUUAGGGAUUGGGCCGCAAGUUCCAGGGAGAGAUGUUCAGGGCUGGGGAUAGAGCUCGUGAUGCAGGCUACUUAGCCAAUCUCGCGGUUACAGAAAAAUCUGAGGUCAGGUUUGUUUUCGGGGCUACCUAGAGCCCAUCCCAGCUGUAUUGGACCACUGAUCCACUUGGUUAGGCCUCGCUCACCGUAUUUCUUCCCCGCCAUCACUCUGCGUGCGGAGUGGCUGUACCCGGAAGUCCCGCCUACCGGCCACGUGCGUGCGCACGCCACGUUUUCCGCUACUCCGGAGAGUUCUGGUAGCGGAGUUCUUGGUCUGCGGUUUGGAGCUCGGAGUAGGUCCGUUCACUGCUCCAGGGCCGCCCAGUUGCUGCAUCCCCACCCUUUUCCCGCUCUGGGUCUGCUGCGGGCUAGGCUCCAGGUGCCAUGGCUUCUCGAGGGAGGAAGCGAAAGGCAGAGGCGGCGACGGUGGUUGCAGCAGCUGAGAAACAGGAGAAGUUGGCUGGCGGCCAGAAGGAAGUGGUGGAAGCGACCGUAGUUAUCGAGCAUUGCACGAGUUGACGCGUGUAUGGGCGCAACGCCGCGGCCCUGAGGCAGGCGCUGCUCCUGGAAGCCCCGGAGCUUCCAGUGAAGGUGAACCCUGCCAAGCCCCGGAGGGGCAGCUUCGAGGUGACGCUGCUGCGCCCAGACGGCAGCAGUGCAGAGCUAUGGACUGGGAUUAAGAAGGGGCCCCCACGCAAACUAAAGUUCCCUGAGCCGCAAGAGGUGGUGGAGAAGCUGAAGAAGUACCUUCCGUAGAGCGGUUUGGGUAGAAAUCCUCAUGCUGAGCCUUCUGUCUCUGGUGAUGUUGGAGCCUUUAUGAUGGGACAUGGCCAAACUUCAGUCAUGUGCCUGGAGCUAUGGUUUCUUCCCCUCCAGAAAUGAUGGUUCAGUUGUGAGGCAACCCUCUAGUAAGGCACUGAAAAGUUCUUGGAUUUGGUUUUCUUAAUAAAAGUUGAAAUAAAGUA